ACUUGGCUGCCAUAGCACUGCGUUUACAGCAUGCAUGGAUAGCCUCCACACAACAAGUUAUUAGUUUUAAAAGUGGCAGAUUUCGUUGUUUAAAGCAUCGUUGUUGUAUAAAAGUGAGCCAAAGCUAAGAAGCUUUGUAAGUUGCCUAGCUCUACACGCGACUUUUAUUCGAGGUAUAUGUACAUAUUUGCAGCUGAAGUGAUCCUUUACCGGUCUCUAUUAAAAGUAAAAUUGUAGGUUGUUGCUUAUUUACUCGGAGUAAAGCUGUCUCCUCUGGUUUUUAUAAAUCUGUUUAUUCAUGUCAACAGCCGAGGGUUAGCACUUCAGUGCUCUAGUUACAUCAGUAAUGAGAUGUGGCUACAUACACGCCCUUCAGUAUGCCCUGGUGGCUUUGUUAGCAUAAUUUUAGGAAAAAAUCAUAGGUACUCCUGAGCAUUAUUGAGAAUAAUGCUGGGAAAAAUAGGUACAUGUACAUUUUGAAAAGAAAAGUAGGCAAGUUUGAAUGCAAAAAGUGUUUCUUUCUCAACAGCUUUGUAACUACAGCUGGCCUGUUAUAAAUAAACACAGUAAAUUAAUAUAACAUUUCGAUGUUACGAUAUGAAUAGUGUUGAAACUUGUAUGACGUCACUUUUGAAUGCCUUUAAUAAUCACUUUUUUUAUCACCCCCGUUUUUUCACCUAUAGAAUGAUUUCCCACUACAGUAUAGCGGGUGCACAUUUUCGCUAUUUGCAUGGCUACAAAGCCCUCAGCAGAAAUGUUCGUGGGUUCUAAUAUUCACGGUUCAAUGCUAGGAAACCACACCUACCAAUAUCUUUGCAUGUGAAAUACCGGUGCGUGGGAGUUUAUCCCAGUUUUUAUUUUCGCGUUAACUGCUUCGUAAUUUAUAAUUAUGUAUGCACGUUUGUUUUCAAGGUUUCUAAUGUCAAUGAUUCACUUUGCAUGUUGUGGUAGUUCCAUAUUGAAAGAAUAACAUCGAACACAUGCAAGCGAUGAUUAUUAUCUAAACUUACAUUGAUUCAACUAUAAGAAGAUAGCCGACUAGUGUAGCUGUAAGUGCUCAUAAGAAUGCUGUCACAACUAAUUGCUCUACAAUUGAUAGGAAUUGUCAUCUGCUGCCCUAACGAUUAUGGUAAAACAGUCAUCAUCAAUGGAACAGAAGGGCAAGACUCUCCUGAUUGUAUCAGUGACAAAUUUAUACUCUUCCCUUGUAAAACUCUCAACUAUGCAUUGGAGUCAGCCAGAAAUAAUACUCAGUAUCAACUUUCAACUGGGAAACACUAUCUGAAUACAUCUCUAGCAUUAACAAAUAGUGUAUACCUAUCAAUCAUUGGAAGUGGACUAUCGUACAAUGACACUGUUAUACAGUGCACAAAUCAUGAAAGUGGAUUGUCUUUCAACAGAUCCUCUUCUCUAUGCAUUGCAAACAUUUCUUUAGUGAACUGUUCGUUUAACACCGGAGUGACAAACGAGAAUGCUCACUGGUACAGAAACAGAGCUGCCCUAUUCUUUUUCAAUUGUUCGAAUGUCAGUUUAUGUGAUAUACGAAUCUCAUACAGCAGUAAUGCAAGUGCCCUAGUUAUGUUGGAUACAGUGGGUGUGAACAAAGUGAUUAGCUCUCGAUUCGAUCACAAUGGACCCUUAGGGCGUGGAGUGCAUGUACACACAAGUGAGAAUUGUUCUUCGAAUAGUACAAUUAAAUUUUUGUUUCAGUUUUGCAUAUUUGAUGAGAAUUCAGUAGUCAACAACAGAGACAAUGAAUCUUGUGUUCCUUUGCAAAGGCAUUACCAUAAAAACACAUAUGGAGGAGGUAUGUCUAUCAUACUACAGAGUAACAGAACUAAGGUUCAAAUACACAUUGAAUACUCUCGUUUUAUUCGGAAUGAGGCCAAGUGUGGUGGUGGAUUGUUUUUGAAUAUCGAAUAUUCCUCUGUGAACAACAAUAUACAAUUACGGAAUUGUGUUUUUCAUAAUAACUGGUGUUUUAUUGAGAAAAUAGUGACAUUUGGUGGUGGAAUACGAUUAGAACAUCUAAACUCAAAUUCAACCCAAGGUAGUAACAGUGUCACCCUGGACAACUGCACUCUUAGCAACAACAGAGCCAGCAGUGGAGGAGGGUUGUCGAUUAGCCCUAUAGCACACACCGAUAUGAAAGAAGAUUUGCUGAGAAUAGAAAUUAGAGAUUCGAGUUUUAUUGAAAACAGGGGUAAUGCUGGUACAGCUGUUUGUAUUUCAUUGCUUGCUCUACGAAUUCAAACUAAACCACCAACUUUUAUAAUUUCAAAUACAAAGUUUACUGAAAAUAGAAUAGAAGCAAGUAAAGAAGCAGUUUACCACAAUGGUGUGGGAGCAGUGUACACAAACAAGGUACCGAUAAGUUUCGAGGGCAAUAUCCAGUUCACUGAUAACUUUGGCUCAGCUUUGGCUGUAGUUGGGACCUACGUUGCUUUCAUCAAUAGCACCGCACUCUUUACUAGAAAUCACGGAGCGAAUGGUGGUGCCAUAGUUCUCUUAGGUGCUGCAGAUUUGAUUGUGAAUGACUAUUCGGACAUGAUCUUUGAUAGUAACCAUGCAUCCUUGCAGGGGGGAGCAAUUUACAAUGCAUACAUAGAGCAAGAAAACCUCAAUGCUUACUUCAAUUGUUUUGCUCGACCUGUUGAAGUAUUUAUCCACCCUGAUAAAUGGCAGGCCUCUUUCACUUUCAUUAAUAAUUCUGCAGCUAUCUCAGGGAAAACAAUUUUUUCAACUUCUAUCUUACCUUGCCGACUGAAUCGCACUGAAAAUAUUCUUUGCUUGCCAAAACAAUGGUUGUACUACCGCAAUGGUACGAGGGUUAAUUGCACUGAUGAAAUCACCACAGAACCUGGAUGGAUUGAUAAUGCACUACAACAUGACAUUUCAACAAUCCCAGGAAAAGUUUCCUCAUUACACUUCAGAGUUUUUGACGAUCUCGGACACGAAAUUAGAAAUUUAACAGUAUUUGCAGCACAUGUGAAACCUGAAGGUAAUAAUUCUAGCAUUUCCAUUGACUCUCAGUACAGCUACAUCUCGGGUGAGACACUUGUGCUAAAUGGGUUACACAGCUCCAAGGCAAGAGUUCGUCUUUAUACAAUAGGUGGUCGCUCCUGGCACGUACACUUCAAUGCCAGCCUGCUGAAUUGUCCACCUGGGUUUGUGCCGUCAACAGACAAUUCGUCUUCAAAAUGUGUCUGUCACAAAAACUACACGUAUCGGGGAACAUUAACGUGUAGUCAGACUCGUUUUGAAUCAUUUCUUUCUAGUGGAUAUUGGAUGGGUCGUUUAAAAGUGAAUGAAUCCAUUGAAGAGAAUCCUUUAGUUGUUACCUUAUGUCCUUCUGGCUAUUGCAGCAUUAAAGAGAGUGGGGUGAAAUUCAACGUUACUACUCCAGAGGGUCUAGAGAACAUUUGUAAGAACAGUAGUGGUAUUUCAUGCGGAGUUUGUAACAGUGGUUAUGGGCAUGCUGUGAAUUCGGACAUACCGACCUGUGUUGAUUGUAAGAAGGAAAAGAUGGCUAUUCACAUAGUUAUGUACAUAUUCACCGUGUACGCACCACUGCUACUAUUAUUUUCUUGUAUGAUCAUAUUUGGGGUUCGGUUGACUACAGGUAGUGCCAAUGCUUUCAUUUUUUACAGCCAAGUAAUAUCGAGCAAUUUCAACAUUGAUGCAGAUGGUCACAUAAAACUGGAUCGAUUUUUGCCACAUUCAGUGGGACUCAAGAAAGCAUACCGACUUCCGUAUGGUUUAUUCAAUCUUGAAUUCAUUGAGAAUCUUUGCAAUCGCUUUUGCAUCAACUCUGAUCUAAAUGCUUUGGACGUCUUGCAGCUGGACUACGGUGUUGCACUAACACCAUUGGCAAUGAUCUUGAUUGUACUGCUUUGCUUCAAGCUACGAAAGUGUUGCAAGAGAAUCGCUCCAUCACAAGUAACCACAACUGCAGAAAAUUUCCUAACAAAGUGGAAGUCCGGUGAAAACCUUUUGCAUGCUUUUGCUGCCUUUUGGAUGCUUUCAUACACAAAGCUUGGGCUUACCUCUGCUUACAUAAUCAGGAGUAACCCUGUGUACAAUGCAACUGGGUGGGCAGUAGAAUCGAACCGAGUCUACUUUGCCGGACAGUUUGCAAUGAAAGAUGAAGAAUAUCAAUUGAAGUACUUUUUCCCUGCGAUUAUUGUUCUAGUCAUCAUCACUCUACCUCCUUUGUUUUUACUUCAUUAUCCAGUUAUCUGGUUUGAGAAAUGUCUCAUUUCUUGUCCGGGACUAUGGAAACGCUACCCUGCUGAUAAAGUGCAUAUUCUUCUUGACAUUUUCCAAGGGUGUUACAAAGACAAUCGCAGAUUCUUUGCCGGUAUUUACUUUCUGUUUCGAUAUUCCAUCAACAUUGUUUACAUUAGCACACACGACUCAAUACAACGCUUUAUGUCUCAACAAAUAGCGUGUACAAUCUUUAUAGUAUUAGUAGCAGUUUGUUGGCCUUAUAAAGAAGAGCUCAACUUCUUGAAUUAUGUCGAUCUUCUUAUCCUUGGAAACCUUGCAAUAAUCAAUGCUCUCAGUUUUUACAUUUACUUCAAGUUGAAUGGCCAAACUGUUGACUUUGAACCUUCCACUGCCUUCAUUAUUCAAUACAUCUUAGUUUUCAUCCCUCUCUUAUAUAUGCUCUGCUACUUGGUUUGGAGCUUGGUUGGGCAGCAGCAUAAAAAAAGUCUUUCAAAUUGCAUAAACCUUUUGUUGGGAAGAACCACUUCUGAAGACGAACUUGCAGAUAAUCUGAAUAAAAGUGAUCAUGACGAUUUGUCAAUUUCCCCUGGGAGACAGAGAGAUGGCCAACAAAGGAAUCGACCAACAGUUAGUGAAGUUCUGAUAGAAGAAAGCGAUAACGAAAAUUAUGACAAUGCUCACAAUGAAGAUGAGCUGUUAUUUGCACGUUCUCGGAGGCGAAACACAUACAAAGCCAUGCCACCGUCGGCAAGCCAUAGCAAGGAGACAGCAAGUGAGGGUAGGAAGGAUUGUGAUAAAAAAUAUAGUGGUGCAUCAGCUCUUUGCUACAGUGAUCCUUCCCCUUUGGUUCCGAUACUGAAUCUGAGCGGCGAAAAUAAACCUAAAGUGAAAUCGUAUGGGACAAAUUAAUAUGUAGCAUUGUAGAGUCAUAUUAAACAUGCCCUCUCUGUGGUCAACACUGCCACUCCCACAGCCUAGGAACACUAGCUUUACAGUACUAUAGCAAACUAUUGGACACUCUUGAUUGCUUUUAUGUUGUUGCUAGUGCUAUUUGUAUGAUUGUUUAC